GCGAUAUUUAAAACGACCCCCCGGGCGCAGUGCGCGCGCUUAAGAAACACAGCCCGUGCAGUAACAGGAGAGCUGUCUUACAUCGGAUAUUUCGGAGUUUAACACACAAGGACUGCAGAAGAUGAAGUCUCCAAAGAUGAAGUCACAGAGCAAAUCGUUUCUUGAGGACGUUGACGAUCUGAACGCCGUGUUGUGUGAAUUCGACGCUGUCAUUGAGGAUUUCUCGUCCCCCGUGGAGAAGCGACACUUCAGAUAUGAUGAGCACUUGAAGACCAUGAAGAGACGCAGCAGCGCGAGCGUCAGCGACAGCGGCAUCAGCGACUCCGAGAGUGCAGAGUCCUUGAACAGAAACAGUUUCAGCUUCAGUGACGAGAAGCUGAACUCUCCCAGCGUCUUCUCCUCCUCCUUAAACAGUCCUUUGGUCACAUCUCCUAAACCUAAACUUGGAGACACUAAAGAGCUGGAGGACUUCAUUGCUGACCUUGACAAAACAAUAGCAAGCAUGUGAGUAAGAGACAGGAUGACUGGGGCCCACCACACUGUAGCUCCGCUGGGGGACGACAGCCACACCGCACCUGACAAACCUGAACUACUGUGAAGAUGGAGAAGACAUGGUCAGGGUUUCACAUGCUGAACGAUGCCGUUCGAGAAGGCUUCGUGUAUACUUACGCCCAUACAAACACACAUGCGUAAGAAAUACACUUUUGACAGGAAUGGCUUGAGCUGUAAGAUUAUUUAAAUAGCUUUUUAUAGAAAUAUAUUUUUAAUUUUAUAGAGUCGGUUAUUGUAAAUUUAUGUGUAAUACCAUUUUGUGAAUGUAUAUUUUUGUAUUUCAUGUAAAUAUUGUUUUAGACUCUAUCGCCUUGCUAUAAGCUUUUUCUGUCACAUGAGAAUAAACUUAAUUCUUAAUUCAUUAGAAAAACUGGAAAAGCAAUAUGACAUGUAUUUAAUAAAACUGUCUUCAAGCGA